GUAUGUUUCAAGCACUUGGCUUGUGGGACUCUGAGAGAUGCUGCUGCCCAUGACAUGUUGGAAUUAUCAUGAUCAACCACUCAGUUUGGAUUUCACCCAGUGGCCAAGAGCUUUGUGUGGUAGACAGCAAGGGCUGGAUUUUUAAAAAAAGUAAACCAGGUAAAUCAAUGAGGAACCCAUAUGUCUUUUGAUCACAUGCCAAAAGCAAGGCCCGUGACCAACGUGUAGACUAAGAAGUGGAGUCAUGCUUCACACGGCCGCAUCAUGCUGGCAGCCAUUCUUGGGUCUGGCUGUGGUGUUAACCUUCAUGGGAUCCACCAUUGGCUGUCCUGCUCGCUGUGAGUGCUCUGCCCAGAACAAAUCUGUUAGCUGCCACAGGAGGCGGUUGAUUGCCAUCCCAGAGGGCAUUCCCAUCGAGACUAAGAUCUUGGACCUCAGCAAAAACAGGUUGAAAAGUGUCAACCCUGAAGAAUUCAUAUCCUACCCUCUUCUGGAGGAAAUAGACUUGAGUGACAACAUCAUUGCCAAUGUGGAACCAGGAGCAUUUAAUAAUCUGUUUAACCUGCGUUCCCUCCGCCUGAAAGGCAAUCGCCUGAAGUUGGUCCCUUUAGGAGUAUUCACAGGACUGUCCAACCUCACCAAGCUUGACAUUAGCGAAAAUAAGAUUGUCAUUUUACUGGACUACACAUUCCAGGAUCUGCAUAACCUGAAGUCUCUAGAAGUAGGGGACAAUGAUUUGGUUUAUAUAUCACAUAGGGCCUUCAGCGGGCUGCUUAGCUUGGAGCAGCUCACCCUGGAGAAAUGCAACUUAACAGCGGUACCAACAGAAGCCCUCUCCCACCUCCGCAGCCUCAUCAGCCUGCAUCUGAAGUAUCUUAAUAUCAACAAUAUGCCCGUGUAUGCCUUUAAAAGAUUGUUCCACCUGAAACACCUAGAGAUUGACUAUUGGCCUUUACUGGAUAUGAUGCCUGCCAAUAGCCUCUAUGGUCUCAACCUCACAUCCCUUUCCAUCACUAAUACCAACCUGUCCACAGUACCCUUCCUUGCCUUCAAACACCUGGUAUAUCUGACACACCUUAACCUCUCCUAUAAUCCCAUCAGCACUAUAGAAGCAGGCAUGUUCUCAGACCUGAUCCGCCUUCAAGAGCUUCAUAUAGUAGGGGCCCAGCUCCGCACCAUUGAGCCUCACUCUUUUCAAGGGCUCCGCUUUCUUCGUGUGCUCAAUGUGUCCCAGAACCUGCUGGAAACUUUGGAAGAGAACGUCUUCUCCUCCCCUAGGGCUUUGGAGGUCCUAAGCAUUAACAACAACCCUCUGGCCUGUGACUGCCGUCUCCUCUGGAUCCUGCAGCGACAGCCCACCCUGCAGUUUGGUGGCCAGCAGCCCAUGUGUGCUGGACCAGACACCAUCCGUGAGAGGUCAUUCAAGGAUUUCCACAGCACUGCCCUUUCUUUUUACUUUACCUGCAAAAAACCCAAAAUCCGUGAAAAGAAGUUACAGCAUCUGCUUGUGGAUGAAGGGCAGACGGUUCAGCUAGAAUGUAAUGCUGAUGGAGACCCACAGCCUGUGAUUUCCUGGGUGACACCCCGGAGGCGUUUUAUCACCACCAAGUCCAAUGGAAGGGCCACCGUGUUAGGUGACGGCACUUUGGAAAUCCGCUUCGCCCAGGAUCAAGACAGUGGGAUAUAUGUCUGCAUUGCUAGCAACGCUGCUGGGAAUGACACCUUCACAGCCUCCUUGACUGUGAAAGGAUUCACUUCAGACCGCUUCCUUUAUGCAAACAGGACCCCUAUGUACAUGACGGACUCCAAUGAUACCAUUUCCAAUGGCACCAAUGCCAAUACUUUUUCCCUGGACCUUAAAACAAUACUGGUAUCUACAGCCAUGGGCUGUUUCACAUUCCUGGGAGUGGUUUUAUUUUGUUUUCUCCUCCUUUUUGUGUGGAGCCGAGGGAAAGGCAAGCACAAAAACAGCAUUGACCUUGAGUAUGUGCCCCGAAAAAACAAUGGUGCUGUUGUGGAAGGGGAGGUGGCUGGACCAAGGAGGUUCAACAUGAAAAUGAUUUGAGGGUUCACCACUCACACUACUGCCUCUGUGUCAUUGUUGGUUAUCAGUAAGACAAUCUGGCAUAGUAAAUGGCUAGGUUAAGAGGCAAUUUCCUAUAGCUGCCCCUGUGUCAAAGCAGGGUCCAUGGGAGCAGGAAGACUUAAGGAGACUCUCCAUCUAGAGGCAGGCAGGCCUGUGUCAGAGCCCUUCACACGGUGGGAUACUAAUUGUUUGCAUUGCAAAUAUUGGCAUUCUGGGGAUCUCAGUAAUGAACCUGAACCUUUGGCUCAUGCUCAUGGACAAUAACUCAGCAUUUUCUACCACUGCAAAAA